AUGCACUUGCAUGGGGCAGUGUGGGACAACGUGGGACACAGUGGGACAGCGUAUGGCAGCAUGGGACACAGUGGGACAGCGUGCGGCAGCAUGGGACACAGUGGGACAGCGUGCGGCAGCAUGGGACACAGUGGGACAGCGUGCAGCAGCGUGGGACAGCGUGGGACACAGUGGGACAGCGUGCGGCAGCGUGGGACAGUGUGGGGCAGUGUGGGACAGCGUGGGACACAAUGGGACAGCGUGCGGCAGCAUGGGACACAGUGGGACAGUGUGCGGCAGCAUGGGACACAGUGGGACAGCGUGCGGCAGCGUGGGACAGUGUGGGGCAGUGUGGGACAGCGUGGGACACAGUGGGACAGCGUGCGGCAGCGUGGGACAGUGUGGGGCAGUGUGGGACAGCGUGGGACACAAUGGGACAGCGUGCGGCAGCGUGGGACAGUGUGGGACAGCGUGGGACACAGUGGGACAGCGUGCGGCAGCAUGGGACACAGUGGGACAGUGUGCGGCAGCAUGGGACACAGUGGGACAGCGUGCGGCAGCGUGGGACAGUGUGUGGCUUUGUGUGACGUGGAUCAGGUGUGGCUUUGUGUGAUCAGGUGUGAUCAGGUGUGGUUUGGUGUGAUCGUGAUCAGGUGUGAUCAGGUGAGGCACGGCCAUUACCUGCUGGCCUAUGAGGGCGUGUGGAUGACGUGCCACGGGUUCAGCCGAGCGCCCCUGCCCUUCGGGUUGGUCAGGAGAGAGCUGUCCUGUGAGGGCUAUCCAAUCGACCUGCGCUGUCCAGGAAGUGAUGUCAUCAUGGUGGAGACCGCCAACUACGGCCGCACAGAUGACAAGAUCUGCGACGCCGACCCUUUUCAGAUGGAGAACGUCAACUGCUACCUCCCUGAUGCCUACAAGAUCAUGUCCCAGAGGUGUAAUAACCGGACCCAGUGUGUGGUGAUAACCGGAUCCGACGUCUUUCCCGACCCCUGCCCUGGAACAUAUAAGUACCUGGAGGUUCAGUACGAGUGCGUUCCAUACAUUUUCCUCUGUCCCGGGACGCUGAGGGGUGUGCUGGAGCCCUCUUUCCAGUUUGAGGCGGAGCAGCAGGCAGGGGCGUGGUGCCGGGACCCCCUGCAGGCCGGGGAGAAGGUGUACCUGAUGCCGUGGACGCCGUACCGCACGGACACGCUGCUAGAGUACGCCUCGCUGGAGGAGUACCGGCGCGGCCGGCAGACGGCGGCCUACAAGCUGCCGCACCGCGUGGACGGGACGGGCUUCGUGGUCUACGACGGCGCCGCCUUCUUCAACAAGGAGCGCACGCGCAACAUCGUCAAGUUCGACCUGCGCACGCGCGUCAAGAGCGGCGAGGCCAUCAUCCCCGCCGCCAACUACCACGACACCUCGCCCUACCGCUGGGGCGGCAAGUCCGACAUCGACCUGGCGGCGGACGAGAACGGCCUGUGGGUGAUCUACGCCACCGAGCAGAACAACGGGCGCGUGGUCCUGGGCCUGCUCAACCCCUACACGCUCCGCUUCGAGGCCACCUGGGACACGCCCUACGACAAGCGCUCCGCCUCCGACGCCUUCAUGGCCUGCGGCGUGCUCUACGUCGUCCGCUCCACCUACGAGGAGAACGAGAGCCCGGGGGGGCGGAGCCUGAUCGACUACGCCUUCAACACCAAGCUGGGCCAGGGGGAGGCGCUGGACAUCCCCUUCCCAAACCAGUACCAGUACAUCACCGCUGUGGAUUACAACCCCCGGGACAACCAGCUGUACGUCUGGAACAACUUUUACAUACUCAAGUACAACCUGGAGUUUGGCCCCCCCGACCCUGCACACGUGCCCACUGCUUCAGAGACUCCGGUAACGUCUGAACUUCCCGAAACCACACCCCCUGUAACCACGACAACUUCAAUGCCCGCCUACCGAGUCCCCUUCAGAACCACGCCCACUUCCGGGCCGAAGGAGGCGAGCCAGGGCCCAAAGCCCCCGCCCCUGGAGCUGGACCCCAUGGCCCCGCCCCCGCCCAGGUCCCACCCGCUCCCCGAACGCGUCUGUGAGGCGGUGCAGAGGCGGGGCAUCGCCUGGCCCCAAACACAGAGGGGCGUGUCUGUGGAGAGGCCCUGCCCCAAGGGCACCCGAGGUACAGCCUCCUUCCAGUGUACGAGGGUCACAGGUACGUGGAGCCAGAAGGGUCCUGACCUCAGCAACUGCACAUCUCACUGGGUCAGCCAGGUGGACCAGAAGAUCCGGAGCGGGGAGAACGCAGCGAGUCUGGCCAAUGAGCUGGCCAAACACACCAAGGGCCCCAUAUUCGCGGGGGACGUCAGCUCCUCCGUGCGCCUCAUGGAGCAGCUGGUGGACAUCCUGGAUGCUCAGCUGCAGGACCUGCGGCCCAGCGAGAAGGACUCUGCUGGGCGGAGCUUCAACAAGCUUCAAAAGCGAGAGAGGACAUGCAGAGCAUACAUGAAGGCGAUGGUGGACACUGUGGACAACCUGCUGCGGCCCGAAGCGCUGAGGUCGUGGGCGGACAUGAACGCCACGGAGCAGACGCACGCCGCCACCAUGCUGCUGGACACGCUGGAGGAGGGCGCCUUCGUCCUGGCCGACAACCUGCUGGAGCCCGCCGUGGUCAAGGUGCCGGCCGAGAACGUCAUCCUGGAUGUCUAUGUCCUGAGCACUGAUGGACAAGUUCAGGACUUGAGGUUUCCUCAGACCAGCAAGCCUGGUGUCUCCAUCCAGCUGUCCUCCAACACGGUGAAGCUCAACAGCAGAAGUGGAGUGGCCAAGCUGGUGUUUGUGCUGUACAAGCGGCUGGGCCAGUUCCUCAGCACGGAGAACGCCUCCAUCCGAUUGGAGCAGGAGGACGGGGGCCAGAACCGCACCGUGGCAGUGAACUCACACAUCAUCGCCGCCUCCAUCAACAAGGAGUCCAGCCGCGUGUUCAUCUCCGAGCCUGUGGUCUUCACCCUGGAGCACCUGGACACGGAGAAUUACUUCAACUCUAACUGCUCCUUCUGGAACUACUCUGAGCGGAGCAUGACGGGGUACUGGUCGACCCAGGGCUGCAAACUUCUACAAGCCAACAAGACGCACACCACCUGUUCCUGCAGCCACCUGACAAAUUUUGCCAUUCUGAUGGCCCAUCGAGAAGUCAUAGGCAGGGCAGGGAUGCACGAGCUCUUCCUGGGCAUCCUGACGCGUGUGGGCGUCGCGGUGUCGCUGGUGUGCCUGGCCAUCAGCAUCUUCACCUUCUGCUUCUUCCACGGCCUGCAGUGCGACCGCAACACCAUCCACAAGAACCUGUGCGCCAGCCUCUUCAUCGCUGAGCUCAUCUUCCUCAUUGGCAUCGACAUGACCCAGCCCAGGCUGGGCUGCGCCAUCAUCGCCGGUCUCCUGCACUUCCUCUUCCUCUCCGCCUUCUCCUGGCUGUGCCUGGAGUCCGUGCAGCUCUACCUGUCGCUGGUCGAGGUUUUCGAGAGCCAAGGUUCCCGCAGGAAGUACUACUAUGUCUCCGGCUACCUGAUCCCUGCCAUAGUGGUGGGCGUUUCUGCCGCGAUCGACCGCCACAGCUACGGCACCGAGACGGCGUCGGCCUGGUGGAUAUCAUUCAUCUGGAGUUUUAUCGGCCCUGUCACUCUCAUCAUCACGCUGAACGUGGUCUUCCUGGUGCUGAGCCUGGUGAAGCUGCUGAAGAGCUCCUCCUCCCUCAAGCCCGACUCCAGCCGCAUGGAGAACAUCAGGUCCUGGGUGUUGGGAGCCUUCGCGUUGCUGUGCUUGCUGGGCCUGACCUGGUCGUUCGGCCUCUUCUUCAUCAACGAGUCGUCCGUCGUGAUGGCGUACCUCUUCAUCGUCUUCAACACCCUGCAGGGGGUCUUCAUCUUCACCUUCCACUGCCUGCUGCAGAAGAAGGUGCGUAAGGAGUACAGUAAGUGCCUGCGUCAGGCUCACUGUUGUCGAGGGGGGGCCGGUGAGAACUCCCACAGCUCCACAAAGACCUCCACCUCCAGAGUCAACACCCGCUACUCCUCUGCUACACAGAGCCGGAUUAGAAGAAUGUGGAAUGACACGGUCAGGAAGCAGUCGGAAUCCUCCUUUAUCUCAGGAGACAUCAACAGCACCUCCACCCUCAACCAAGGAAUGUCGGGAAAUUACCUGCUCACUAACCCCCUCCUCCGAGCGCACGGCACUAACCCCUAUAACACCUUACUGGCUGAGACCACCGCCCCCCUCUUUAACUCAGGACAUUCCCUCAGCAAUGCCCACGCCAGCAGUUUGAUGGACACCCUCCCUCUCAAUGGUAACUUCAGCAGCAGCUACUCCCUGGGCAAGGGCGGCCUGGUGGAGGGCGCCCCCUGUGGGCUCCCCUUGGACGACGCCGCCUUUGAGAAGAUGAUCAUCUCCGAGCUUGUGCAGAACAACCUCCGCACCAGCAGGGGGAGCCAGAGCGGCGAGCGCGGUGUGGGCGUGACAGUCGCCGGGAGCGACGCCCCAUCGCUGGUGCUCGGCGACCCCCCGGGGGCGGGGCUCGAGGCGCCGCUGCUGCCCCAGAGGACUCACUCGCUCCUGUACCCCCCCCGCGGCCCCCCCGCCGCCCCCGCAUCCGAGGGGCGGGGCGCGUACCUGGCUUCACCCCCACACCGUUCCGAUCAAGAGGCUCCGCCCACAAACAGAGACUCCCUGUACACCAGCCUCCCGAACCUGACGGACACACCCGAGGCGGACGGGGGGUGGGGGGGGGGGGAGGACGGCGAGGGGCGGAGGGAGGAGGGCGGCGAGGGGCGGGGCCAGCACAGCCUGCCUGAGGACGUUUACUACACGGGCACCCCCGAACUGGGCCACGCCCCGCCCAUCCAGCCCUAUUACCUCAUCAAAGAGGACCCCGCCCCCGAGGAGGAGGCUGCCAGUGACGGACAGAUGCAGCUGGUCACUAGCUUAUGAGCCCCGCCCCCAACUCAGUUCAGCCCCUCCCCCACCAAACCAAACUCCGCCUUCCUGGAACACCUACGCUGGGUUUUUCAGACCCCUAGUAGUUUUUGGAAUCACAGCAUUUUUUAUAUUUUUUGUUUCGUUUUUUGUCGUUGAUGUUGUGAGAUUUGAGAUUGGCCAGGGAUCCGGUUCGGUUUGGAUCAGUUUGGGCUUGUACCCCUCACAGCGGCGUCAAUGGAUGUCGGACCCGUUUUGUUCCCACCUUCUCCAGAAGCGAGCAUGCCAGACGGGCCUGUCGCAGCAACCAGGACGGUUUGAGAGGGACGGUGAGGUUUGAGUGGGACGGUGAGGUUUGCGUGGGGCGGUGAGGUUUGAGUGGGACGGUGAGGUUUGAGUGGGACGGUGAGGUUUGAGUGGGACGGUGAGGUUUUAGUGGGACGGUGAGGUUUGAGUGGGACGGUGAGGUUUGAGUGGGACGGUGAGAUUUGAGUGGGACGGUGAGGUUUGAGUGGGACGGUGAGGUUUGAGUGGGACGGUAAGGUGAGGUUUGAGUGGGACGGUGAGGUUUGAGUGGGACGGUGAGGUUUGCGUGGGACGGUGAGGUUUGAGGGGGACUGUGAGGUUAGGAACGCCUGACCCCCGGACGGUUUGAGGGGGACUGCAUUACACCUUUCUGAAGGGACGCAGCCCAAGGUCUGAUUUAUCUCCCCUUUAUGUAAAUUCUAAUUGAAUGUCAUUUAUAAAUGAGACAUUUUAAUUAUACGUUUUAAAGUUUCUGAGAAGGGACUGAUCGUGUAAAGGUUGCACAUGUUAUAAAAAUGUUUUUUUUUUCCUUUUAAAUUCCACUCAUUGUAAAAAAAAAAAAAAUUACUUUUUUUUUUCAUUUUAAUGCUGUACUGAAGGGCAGGUCUGGUGCGCUAUAAUAUGGCUUCCUUCACCGAAACGCCACGCCCCUCGGCACUGAGGCUGUGGACCCUCCCAUUUCAGGCUGUAACGCCAUGUCUUUGCACAAAUUUGAUGUGAGUUAAAUAAUUUAUUUUACUGUAAGAUACUUGACAGGAAGUGUUCAAAUAACUGACAGGAAGUGAAGUAACCUCCACUCUUUUUUUCUCUUAAAGGGAUAGGGGUGUGCAGCUCUCGUUUCUGUACAGAUCUCUAUGUGUGUUCCAGCACUCCAGUCUUUCUCUUGCUUCUUUUGCCUAUUUUGUUAUUUUGUGAAAGGAAAGAGGAACUCAUGACUAGGAAUCUGUGUAAAGUCUUACACUUGUUUAACGGUAAAUAAACGUGAGGUCCUUUUUUUCCAGAA